AUGAUGAUGUCACUGACUCUACUGCUGGCCACCCUGGGGCUCCUUGUUCAGGGUUCAUCAGGACAAAUCGUGACUCAGUCUCCUGGAGCUCAGUCUGUGGUUGCAGGGCAGUCUGUCUCCAUCACAUGUAGAACCAGUUCAAGUGUUUACAGUGUUUACUAUAAGAAAAACCUGCUUUCCUGGUACCUCCAGAAACCUGGAGGAGCUCCUAAACUCCUGAUUUAUCAAGCUACAUCUCGUCAGUCUGGAGUUUCAGAUCGUUUCAGUGGAAGUGGAUCUAAAACUGACUUCACUCUGAGCAUCAGAGGAGUCCAGGCUGAAGAUUCAGGAGUUUAUUACUGUCAGAGCGUCCACUGGUGGAACAAUCAAGACGUGUACACGUUCAGUGAAGGAACCAGGCUGGAUGUUAACUUGGGACAAGUCGCACCCACCCUGACGGUGCUGCCCCCCUCCAGAGAGGAGCUGCAGCAGGGGAAGGCCACGCUCAUGUGUCUGGCCAACAAGGGCUUCCCCUCAGACUGGAGUCUGUCCUGGAAGGUGGACGGCAGCAGCAGCAGUAGCAGCAGCUGUAGCAGCACCUGGGAGGAGGGCAGGAGCCCAGGGGUGCUGCAGGAGGACGGCCUCUACAGCUGGAGCAGCACCCUGAGGCUCCCUGCAGACCAGUGGGAGAAGGUGGGCUCUGUGGCCUGUGAGGCCACCCAGGGCUCCCACACUCCUCUCUCACAGACACUGAGGAGAGACCAGUGUUCCCAGUCCUGAGCUGACUCGCUGGUUUUCCUCUGCAGGUGUCUCUCUCUUUCUGUCACUCAUCUUUGUUUUCUUCAUCA